AUGAGUCAAGAAAUCAUUAUAAAUUAUGAGUAUAUUGAAGUUCAUAUCAAGGAUUACAUGAAUGAUUACAGAUUCUUUAAUAUUUUUGAUAUAGAUGUUAUCAAAAUUAUAUUGAAACAUUCAAAUUUAACUUUAUUCGACUUUAAUAGACUUUUGGAAAACUCUGCUUCUUCCAUAAAAGCAAAUCAAUUAUAUAAUUGUAUUCGUGGAACGAAUGUUGAUGUUCAUACUUAUCAAGAUGCAAUAUCAGCAUUGAAAUCGAUUUAUAAGCAUUUAAAAUUAAGUAUACUUAAUGGAAUUAUCUCUAUUUUAGAUAAUACAGAAAAGGAAAUGUCACAAACAAUUGAAAAACAGCAUGAUGAGAUUAAUAAUAUUACAUCUCAAACUCAAAGCCCCGAAAAAGAAAUUCAAUCACUUAACCCACAAAUAACUAAUGAAGUUAAUUCUAAAUUAUUAACAAGAAUCAAUUCGUUGAAAACUACCAAUGAUUUUAAAGAAGUUUAUCAAUUCCUAAAUGAACUUUCAGAAAAUGGAUAUCAACAGAUAAUGAUGAAUGCCUAUGAAGCAGGUCUUACCCAAAUUAAAAAUAAACAUAAAAGAGAUGCUCUUCUUGAAGCCUCCAUGAAAGGAAAUCUCAGACUUAUUAAAUCACUUAUCGCAAGUGGCUGCAAUAAAGAAACUUUGGAUAAAAACAAAAAAACACCACUAAUUAUUGCAUCAGAAAGAGGUCAUCUUGAAGUUGUUAAGUAUCUCAUAUCAAUUGGAGCAAAUAAAGAGGCAUCAGAUAAUUAUGGCUAUUCAUCGUUAGCCUAUUCUGCUUCAAACGGCAAUCUUGAAAUAGUUAAGUAUCUUAUCUCAGAAGGAGUAAAUAAAGAAUCUAAAAUUAAUAAUGGAGCUAUACCACUUAUUUUGGCAUCAAUAAAAGGCAAACUUGAAGUAGUUAAAUAUUUUAUUUCUAAUGGAGCUAAUAAAGAAGCAAAAACCAAUGAUGGAUACACUUCGCUCAUUUAUUCAAUAGUCAAUAAUCAUCUUGAUGUGGUUAAAUACUUAAUAUCUGUUGGAGUUAAUGUAAACCCAAAGAAUAAAGACGAUUUAAAUCCUCUUUCUUAUGCAAGAGGCAAAGUAAGAGAAUUCCUUAUAUCAGUUGGAGCAAAAUAA